AUGGGGUGCGGGAAGAUGGCGGCGCCGGCAGGGCCGGCGGCUUCGUCGAGCAUCUCGCUGUCCCGCAGCAGCAGCAGCAGCCGCUCUCGAGCGGGAGGCGUGAGGAGAAGCUGCCAGUGGCUCAUUUACUGGGUGCCGGUUCUCUUCAUCGGGAGCAUCGUCGCCUGGUCCUACUACGCGUACGUCGGCCAGCUCUGCUUGAGUGAGUCCCUGGAGGGGUGGGUGAGAGAGGAAUGGACGGAGAUAAUAUAUUUAUUCAAUAUAUAUGGCGACUCGCGGGGGAGAAGAGAGUUUCUCCAGAGGCACCUCUAGCCAAAGCUCGCCUAACAAAUGGGGCGCGGGCGCGGUUUGGAUAUUGGCUCCCACUCUUCUCCCGGCGAGCCUAUUAGCCUUGUCUUCUUCUUCGGCCUCAAGCCUUAAGCUGCGUCGGGGGCAGCAUGAGGGGCACCUUUUUAUUUUAUCCCUCCUGCUUGCCUUACGCCCUCCUCCGUCCCUCGAUAAUAACGCGCGCGUCAGAAUUUGAACUUGACUCCUUAGGGGCGUGCUGGGGUUUUGUGUGUGUGUGUUUUUAAACUGUUGUUUGUUGAGGUAAAACACUAUUAACACGGGUUGCGCUUUCAAUAGACCCGCAUGUGCUUGUGUAUGUGUGUGUAAACACGCGUGCACACGCGCACACGUUCACUCAGAGAGAGAGAGAGAGACUGUGUCGCGCGCACGCUCAGCAUAAACAAUCUAUUGCCCCAGAGCCGACUCUCCUAAGGCAAACCGGCCGCUGACACUCAGCUGAUAGGAAUACCUUCCGCAAGAGGAGGAAGUGGGCACUGCGGGUUGGGAAACAUCCUCGUUUGUGGCCGACAGGGAGUUGGACUCUUGUUUUCACCUAAUAUUUUCUCCCCCAAAAAACUUUUUCCCCCUUAUCUUUUUCUUUCCUUCUUUCUUUCUUUUUGAACACUUAAAAUCAAGAAUAGUGGUUUGGUGCUGCUCUUAAUCAUGAUAGAAAGGCGAGCUUCCUGAUAGGGCUUUUUCCUGCAUGGUGUGUCUAAUCUGUGUACAUGAUUGCAGUUCCAGACUGAUUUAUGUGGUGCUCUGGAUUAUGUAAUGCAGAGUAACACCACUGUGAUCUUGCAUAUGUAGGUCUGGAAUGUUUUCAUGGUGAACAAAACAUCCUGCUUUUUGCCCUGCCUUGGGAGUGGUGACAGCAGCAGCUAAUCCGCUGCUGCUCCUACCGCAGGUUGUUGUUUACAUGCUUAGCAUUGCCUGGGCUGAGCCAAGUAGGAUCUUUCUCUUCACAAUCCCAUGUGUUAAGAAGGAUAGACUGGGGGGGGCACAUGUACACACACUCACACAGAGUGCCUUGGGUUCUCUAAGGAUAGGCAUACAGUUAACUUGUGAUGUUUAGCAGGUGUUCAUUGUCUAAGGGCCAAAUGGUUGGGACCCUUCUGUGUCUGAUGUUAUAAUUGUGGGUAUUUUUGUUUAAUGUGUAUAUUUACUCUAGCCCAGCACACAUUGCUUAUUAGAAAUGAGCAGAUACAAACUAUAACCUACUUGGCAGGCACUGUAUAGAGAAUAGUAAAUCUUCCUUCAUCUCCUACCCCAACAUUAUAUUUUUAUGGUUCUAGUGUUAAAAAGAGAUUUAGGGAUUAAUUGCAGUGUGAUUUUUAGUAGUCUUGGCCUUUUCCUUAAUCUGCUAAGAAUAAAAAGGAAGGUCUCUUGAGAGAUACUCUGCCUUUUGUAAAUGGUGCCUCCUGGGUUAAUUAAAUGCUAGCAUGUGCUAAGCUAGGUCCCAGUCAUGCACUAAAAAAAUCUUGUGCAUGCUGGUUUACUAUUGUGGUGGUGAUGCUUAUCUGCAAGAUAGUAAACAACUAACAGCAGUGUACCUCCCACACAGAGUACAACUACAAUAUGAAUUUCUGGGAAUUAAAACUGUACACCAUUGCCAUCUUUUCUAUAUGCUUUAUUUUCUCCACACACACACAAAUGUGCUUUGAGGAUUUGGAUCAAAAUAUGACAGUUUAAUUCUGUUUUCUGCUAUUGUGAAUAAUUUUGUGCUAGAGAUAAAAAUGCUCUUUAUACAAGGCUAUAAUUGUACAUCUAUAACAUGAAAUAAAAUGUCUUCCAUGUUUCAGUUUCAGAACUGUAAAAUAAUGUUGAGUGUGCUAAAGGCUAGCUGCUGUUAUUUAGUAGAUUUUUUGUUGAUCUUUGGCAGUUGUAGUAACUUUCUUUCUUAAACAUACAGCAAAUGCUUUAAAAGCUGACAUCCCAUGUUUAAGACUGCCUACAUAGGUAGUGACCAACAUUUUAAAGAAGUGUUCUACAAAUAAAGUCUAAGGUAGAUAGCAUCACUGUUUUGGUGCAUAUCAUACUAGUAGUCUUCAGCUUCUCAAACCUGGGGCCAAUGCAGGAUGCAGUUGUCAGUUUUAGUACAUAUGCCAAUUUUUCCUUUUCUCUUUCAUUCUUCCUCUGUCUUCUACUUUUUCUCUCCUCCCCCAAUCUUUUCCCUCCUCUGAACAAUGUAAAGAAAUGAACAAGAAAAGGGUAGAGUUGCAUGACCUAGUUUUGAGACACAGCCUGACCCAAUGCAUCUUUCGUUUAUUGAUGUGAUUUCCCCCCGCCAUUUGCAUAACAGGCAGCAGUGCACUAUGGGAGAGAACAACAGAUUGUUUGUCUUUAACACCUGAUAUUCAGUGGUAUACUGCCUUUGAACAUGGAGGUUCCAUUGGGCCAGUGGAGACCAUACACUUAAAUCUAACAAAUAACAGGAAAAUCUUUUAGUGUCCCUCAUCAUAUGGAUUCAGUUUUUUAAAAAGCUUCCAGCAUAUAAUGUGUGAGACAGUCCUGCUUUCAGACUGUAUUCUGUUCUUGGACACAGCAGGAUUGCCAUGGCUUGGAAGACAGGGGUUGCUACAAACAUAAGCACACCCCACUUGCUCUGACUCUUCUGCAAGGCUCCUUGUCAGGCAGUGAGUGCAAAAGAGAUGCUCUUUCUUUACCUUUGUGGAAUAUUUAGUGAGAAUGAGGAAGCUCAAUAGCUGCUAGAAACAAUUAUUGACUCCCAAACCCAGUGAUAGGUUGUAGAAUCCUGAUGAAUGGUUAAUAACCAUUGAUAGGCUUCCCCCCUGUGAUAAUUGGAUAUUUCUCGUAAAAAAAAAUGGUUAGUUUUAAACAUUUUUGUCUUCAAAAUCUAGACUUUGUUUAAAGGCACAAAUUAGCUGAAGGAAAGCACUUUUAAGUCCUUUUUGUUUCAGUGGGAAAGUUAGUGUGUGCAUAACGUUAGCAGGAAUGUAUCCAUAGUGGUUAUAAAUAAAGCGAUUGGACUAGGAAUAUUAGAUUUCAAUAUGAAAUUUAAUACUUCCUCACCUAUUAGCUUUCGCCCUAAACAUUGUGUCCUUAAUCUUUGGGAAAGAUAGGACAGAUUCUCAUGACCAUUUGGACAAUCAUUGCUUUAUCAGAGAUUACUGUACACAUUGAUGGCUUGUGAUCAAAUCAUAAUCACAUACAGGAUCAGAUGUUUAGCAUACCAUUUUGAUUUUUGAUGUUGUGCGCAUCAAAAAUUUUAAGAUUUUGUAUCUCCCCCAGCCCUAAAUACUUUCUGUAUCUUUAACUGGGUGCCCCAAGAAGUUACCAAGCAUUUAUUUACUUACUUCAUUUAUAUCCUACCAUUCCUUCAAGGAACUCAAGGUGGUAGACAUGCUCCACACACACAUUUUAUCCUAACCCUGUUGGUUGGAUUAUAGUGACUGACCCAAAGUUACCCAGUGAGCUUAAUGACUGAUUGGGUAUUUGAAUUUCCCUAGUCCAACCUUCUAAACGGAGCCAGCAAACUGGCACCCGCUGGUGCCAUGGCACCCAUGAUCGCCUUCAGCGGCGUCCCUGGGCAGGGGCUGCAGACUCUGCUUUCAUUUUUUUUAAAAAGCCCCCAUAGUAAGAAAGUUGUGAAGCAAAAUGCACAGGUACCCUUUUAAGUGAUCUCUGUGAAGUGAGCCAGACUGACUGAUCGCACCCGUCAGUGAUUUUAUCCAAUAGGUGAAUUCAGAGCUGUGACAGAUACCAGGCAGUAGGAAUCCAUGAGGUCCCAAAGAGCUGUUGUUUUUCCCUCCCCUUGGUCCUUGGAAUCUCUGUAGUUUGCCCUUCCUUUUUCCUUAGCAACUAAGAUGCAUAUUUCUUGUGGUGGGUUUGUCUGAGAUCAGAUAACUCCCAGAAAUUAUUUUUUGCAAAUGCUACAGCACAAUACAUGUGGGUGGAUAUUAAAUAAUUCCCCUUCCCACAAAAGGCAAAUGUGAAAACUUUGCAGAUAGGCCUAGGAUUGUCUCCUGUGCAGGAGCUAAAGAUCAAGCACUCAUUAAGAAUUCACUGUAUAGUUUACUUACAGUACGGUGGUGCAUAUGUUUAUUCAGAGGUAAAUGUCUUUGUGUUUAAUGUGACAGCUUAGGCUUUGGUUGGCAUAGGGAAGGACAGGCUUAUUGUGCCUUUAACAGCUGUAUGAUAGGCAGAAAUUCAACAGAUUAAUCCUUUUAUAGUAUGGAAAUUCAAUUGUAGAGAAAGUUUUGCCUACGAUUUAUGGUUUGCCCCCCAUGUUUUGUCAUACCAUGCCCCCUUUGCAGCUAUUUUAUGACUAACACCCACAGUACACUCUCAACAUUAUAAUUGUGACCACUGGACCAAAAUAGUUGGUGACCCCUGCCCUAUAUUAACACAUUUUUAUUUGAUUUGAUUUAUACCAUAAUAUUUCAUUGUAUUGUUUAAUGUUUCUAAUUUAACAUUAUCUACCUUGAUCAGUUAAUCACAUUACAGUAUCAUCAGAGUACAUGGGAUUUGUGCUGCCAUUCUCAAGUUGAUUCCUGGGGUGGGUUUUUUGUUGUUGUUAUCUUUAAUUUUCUUGACAGAUAUUCUAUAGCUAAAGACAAAGAGUUCUAUCCUCCUCUUUGUUCUUUAUUUUCUUGUAAUACUUUUCAAGCCACAAAACUAGUGUGCUGUGUUGUUUGUGUCCUUAUUCUCUUGUUCCCUGUCUCUGAAAUGCCCUGCCUCCUGAUACUAGAACAUUUCCAUCAGUUUUGGUUUUGAAACAAUGUUUAAAUACAUGCUUGUUCUCCCAGUUUCUACUCGUUAAUUUUCCUUCAUUUCAUUUCCUGUUGUGUCAUUCUCAUAUCUCUUAUAUUUUUGUCGAUUAGAUAAGCCUGCAGACAGUACUGUGCUUCAUUUUUAUUGUGCAUCACUUUGUUUUGUAACUGCUUUAGAAGUUAUGGUGUCAUUGUUAUGGAACCUUGUUCUCCCCCACCCCUGCCCUUGAUGGUUUUCUGAAGGUGGCAAUUACCAUUCAACCUGCUAUUCUUCUGGUGCUGCAAUCCUGUAAAUACAUACCUGAGAGAGAGCCAUCUUGCAUUCAGUAGGACCUAAUUCUGAGUAAGGAUUCAUAGGAUUGUACUGUGAGUUAAUAUGAACAACAUAGAAGUCUAAGCAAUAGUGCACGGAACACUGUGCCGAGUGCCACAGCGCACAGAAAUGUCGUUUACCUUCCCACCACAGCAGUACCUAUUUAUCUACUCGUGCUGGUAUGCCUUCGAACUGCUAGGCUGGCAGGAGCUGGGACAAAGCAAUGGGAGCUUACCCCAUUGUGCGGAUUUGAACCUCCGACCUUACGAUCAGCAAGUCAAGAGGCUCAAUGGUUUAGACUACAAGAUGUAGUGCUGGCCACUGGCUUAGAAGGUCUUUUUAAAAAAUCAGACAUUUAUGGAGGAUAGAUUUGUCUGUAGUUAUUAGCUGUGAAGGCUAAAUGGAACCUCCAUAUUCAGAGGCAGCAUCUGAAAACCUGGGAGACAGUGGGACAGGCUGUUAUAAUUGCUGUUAUACUCUGUGUGGGGGCUUCCAAUAAGCAUUUGGUUUGUCUGAUGGAAACAAAAUAAUGGAGUAGAUGGAUAUUUGGUCUGAUCCAGCAGGAUUGUUAUUGCAUUCUAUGCAGCUGUUACCAAAAUAGUCUCUACUGCCUCAUAGAUAUAUAAUUAACACUAUAUGCGAGUUCAAUGUGUUCUUAACUAUCAGCACCACAUUUAGCACAUGCUGAAAGACAAAUCGACUGGGAUUUUGCAAUUUGUGUAUUAGAAAUGGCAUUAAUGCUCAAGUUGUCUUCAUCCAAAGCAGUCAAAAACCAUUAUGAUAUACAAUGGGUGUCCUUAUUUAAAUUGUUUAAAUAAAAUAUAGAAAUACAGUCAUACCUUGGUUCUCGAACGGCCUGGUUGACAAACAAAUCAGCUCCCGAACACCGAAAACCCGGAAGUAAAGUGUUCCAGUUUUUGAACGUUCUUCUGAAGCCAAACGUCUGAUGCGGCUUCCGCUUGAGUGCAGGAAGCUCUUAUAGCCAGUUGGAAGCCACGCCUUGGUUUUCAAACGGUUUCGGGAGUCGAUUGGACUUUUGGAAUGGAUUAGAUUCAAGAACCAAGGUUCCACUCUAUGUAUUAGGUCUCUGUAAUUGCUACUGGAGACUUGCCAGUACAGACAAUGACUAGUUAAUGUGUAUCUCAAAAUUGCUUAUGCACACACAGUGCACACCAGGAAGUGACCGAAAAUGUCACAAAAAAAUCAAAAAAUGGGUGGAACAGGGGCAUAACAGGUGGGGUGUGCUUAUAUGCACUCUGCUGAUGCAUGUGGGGGCCGGGAACAGAAUCUCCAUGUGAAAUGGUCAUCAGCUGUAUUUGCUGUAGCUAUAAGGUUAAAGAAACUGUUUUUUUCACCCUCUCCUCUUCUUCACCUUUUCAUAUUCCAAUACUGAAAAAGAGCCAUGUAGUACCUCAAAUGCUAACAGAUUUAUUGUAGUAGAAGCGUUCAAUGAGAAACAUAUGCUACAAUGAAUCUGUUAGCAUUUAAGGUGUUACAAAAUGCUGCUGUUGUAUUUGCUGUAAUGGAUUAGCACAGCCAAACCACCCCCUCUGAAUUUUUAUCACUCUAUCUUAAUAUUUUUGCAAACCAUACUCGUAAGGAGCUGCACUGGAACUGCUUGUGAGGAACUGCCUCUGACACAUAAUUUGUACUUGCAUUGCAUGUACCUGCAAUGCAGCCACUGAUUCUAUAACCUUACUUCAAGGGGGAAGACUGUAGGCUUCUGGCCAGGAAUGUUGAAAUAAUUUUAAAUAACAUAAUUUUUUAAAACUGGUAUUCAGUUUUAAAACUGGUGUUCAGCAAAAAGAAACAAAAAUGAAGAAUAAUUAUGACCACUGGGAACAGCAGAGGACUUUUCCUGUUAAUCCAGAAGCAGGCGUAUAGAUAGUAUCUUAGAGCCAAACUGGAAUUUGUAUGCAACUGUGUAUGACUCCCAUGUUUACCCACAAUUAAGUUUGGAGAAACAACUAAAUGGGAGAUUUGUUGACUCUUCUCCUCUACUCCUUCCCACUCCACAUUACACCCUACUCCCAGCAACUUCUGCCAGCCUAGCAGUUUGAAAGCAUACCAGCGCAAGUGGAUAAAUAGAUACCGCUGCGACAGGAAGGUAAAUGGUGUUUGUGUGCUCUGGCAUUCUUCACAGUCUUCCGUGCGCCAGAAGCGGUUUAGUCAUGCUGACCACAUGACCCAGAAAUCUGUCUGUGGACAAACUCCAGCUCCCUUGGCCUGAAAAGCGAGAUAAGUGCCACACUCCAUAGUCUCGUUUGACUGUGCUUAAUCAUCCAGGGGUCCUUUACCUUUCACUUUACUCCUAGCAGCUUUUAUCCCUCACAUAAAAAUGUCAAUCUUUUUUGUGUGUGUGUCCAUGAGUACAUCUAAAAUCUUGAGAAAGUGCCAUGAAUGCUGUCACAAAAUGAGAACCAUAGGAAUACCCAUUCACAAAAUGACUGUCAAUGACGACCAAUUGCAAAAACACCCAUUUCACAGAAGGUAAACUCUCUUCUCCCUCCACAUAGGAUAAAGAGAAUCACACAAACAAACACAUACACAUGCCUCAAGGAGAAAUCACAUAGAAACACACUCUACUACUUCCCUUCUUGUUUGGAUCAUUUUACUUGCACUCCGUCCAGAUGCAUUGUGUUGGUCACUGCUGUAACAAACAAAAAACUAUGUCUUCAUACUUUACCUUCUUACUUGCCUGUUUUUGGUCCUUAUCCAGAAAAAUUCAUAGAGGCAGGAUAUGGUAAAAAGUGAUGAUCCCUUGGUCAUCUCGGUGUUCUUUUUAAGGUGGUGAUUGCUUCCUUCCCUCUUAUGAAGGGAGAAGAAAAAGGUGGAGAGCUCAGAGGCCUUAUGGGCACCCUGGGAGGUCAGCAUGGGGCUCAGCUGUAUUCAUGGGCACCAUGUUAGCAAUACCACAGCCCCAACAAAAUGCCAAAUGCAUAUACAGCCAUUUGUCUACUUCUUUUGCUCAAGGAAACUGGUGUCAUAUAUAGCCAUGGUGGCUGGGAGCAGUCAGCCCUGUUUGAAUUCCAUAAGUGAAGUUAGUUGUGGCUUGACUAACUUGUUUCAUUGGUUUCAAUAGAACUUAGUCAUAACUAUGUAGUAUAUGGGCUAUAUCCUGCCUUCCUCUCUGGGCAGUGUAUUAGAGAUUAAACAGAAACAAACCAGUAUGUCUCAAACAGAACAGUGAAAAAGUAUGGUGUAUUAGACAUAACACAAAACAAGGAAAACAUUUUAGAUGUACUUUAUGCAGAAAGUAAUGUGAUUACAAAAAACAACAACCCACAAAUGACAAGGACCUGGAGCUUAAAAUUGUAAUGGUAAUUCCUAUAGCACUUCUUAAUUUUUUUCCAAGUGGUUUUAAUCUAUUAGAAGAAGAAGAAGAAGAAGAAGAAGAGUUUGGAUUUGAUAUCCCGCCUUUCACUCCCCUUCAGGAGUCUCAAAGCGGCUAACAUUCUCCUUUCCCUUCCUCCCCCACAACAAACACUCUGUGAGGUGAGUGGGGCUGAGAGACUUCAGAGAAGUGUGACUAGCCCAAGGUCACCCAGCAGCUGCAUGUGGAGGAGCGGGGAAUCGAACCUGGUUCCCCAGAUUACGAGACUACCGCUCUUAACCACUACACCACACUGGCUCUUUCUCUUUUAACAAGCAUGUAAAAUAGGCCACAUAUUUCCAUAUGCCCAAAAGGAAUAUAGGUUAAGAUAAAGUGACUUGCCCAAGACCACACUCAAACCCAUGACAUUGAUGAUAUUUGAACCAAAUAUCCUCAGUGUGGGUUUUUCUUUAUCCAUUAGGCAGACCAGCUCACUAGAUAGCUUUGCUUAAAGGAAAAGUUCUUGAAAAAAGAUGAUGUGACAGUUAGGCAAUACACUGAAAGUAUUUUAAUUGAAAUAUUUGUCACAUAAUUUUACUGUGACAAGUAUAAUUAAUAUUCAGCAACAUCUGGUACUUAGCUAUAUAUAGACAUGAAGCAUAAGCACUUUGAAGCAUCAUUGAGUUGAAUGAAAAAGUUAAGCACAUGUUUAAAUAUUUCCAGCUGAAAUCAGUUGAACCUCAAAUGCAUGUGCAUCCACAUACACUGUAAGCAUACUCAAUUUACUCAGUAGAAGAUGCUGAACAAAGGACCUCAAGGUGCCACUCAGUCCUAUUUGACUUGUUUGUUUCUUUAUUCAGAAGCAUUUUUCUCCCACUCUUAGGCCCCAAAGCAACUCACAUAAUAUCAAAAACAAAUGACAGUCCCUGCCCACAGGUUUACAUUGUAAAACUUUAUAAAACAUAAUGUUUUCUAUCAAAAGGGAUGGGGAGAGAAGAAGAACAGGUAAAUUCAGGUACCAGUUUUGAAGUUACUGAGUUUGGAUCCUAACAAACUUGAAUGGAAGUAGUUGAAGAAGAGCAGGAGCCAAACAGAGCUGGUCUCAGAAUUGGGUGGGGUGAGACCUGCUUUCCAUCUUUCCCUCUGCUGCUGCCCAAUGCAGUGUUUGUAUCUCAAAAUGCUAUAAUUAGUAAAACCUAAAAUCGAAUUACAUAAACCAAAUUUAAUUCUUUUACCACCAAUGCAGUUUUGAUCAUGAAGUGUUAAGGCUGUAUACCUUUAGAAAUAAAUGAAAUAAAAUUGAUGCAUGGGGGAGAAAACUACCAAUAAGUCAUGGGUGUAUCACUCUAUUUCAAUAUAUAAUAAUUCCGCUUGUAGAUAAUUUGUUAGUGAUCAUCCAAUUGGUGAUCCCAUUUUAACCUUAUAGCUAACAAUAAUGGGAAAUUUCUGUUUCAACCCCCUAGCUGUGAGAAAAGGGCAUCAAGACCCUGGGAGCCAGGAGCCCCUUUCCCUCCACCACCACUCUCAACCCCUUUGGGGGGCAUAUCUCUGCAGACUAGCACUUUAAGAGUGUUGUCUAUCUUAUUACUUUCCACUGGCUUAAGAAGUCUUUCCUAUCUCAAGUUGAAACUCCUGUAUCCUCUUCUACACUAGAACUUAUUGAGAAGAGUUGUUGUUGUUUAGUCGUCUAGUCGUGUCCGACUCUUCGUGACCCCAUGGACCAGAGCACACCAGGCACUCCUUGUCUUCAUUGAGAAGAGUACUUCUUUUAAUGCAGUUGUGGCUAUUCACCCACUCAAGGAUCUAAUGAUCUUUUCAAGAGAGAAUACCGGCCCCUGAAUGUUCCCCCUUUAUUUACUUAUAAAUAUUGUAACUGCUAGGAUAUUAUCCUAGGGUGGUUUGGUUUGUUUGUUUUGGAAUGGAUGUUUAAUUGAUCACAGCAAUUUACAAAGUAAAAUAUUUAUAUUAACUAACAAAUGUACACAAUGUCUCAAGAAGAUGGGAAUGUCUUGUUUGUGCUCAAAUAAUGGCAACUAAUAUUUUUUCACUUUGUUUGUUUCUUUCUGUCUCUCUUGCAGUAACCAUGACAAAUAUUGGAGAAAAAGGUAACUGUUUAUUUAUUAUUACAUUUAUGUUUUGCUUUUCUUACAGUAUCUCAAAAAAACAGUUUAUAUAGAGUUCACUUAGUUUUAGCAAGGUUUUACUACACAUUUUGUGGUUUACACUCUGCAUUUUAAUUCCUAUAUCUACGCAUGUAGUUAUUUUUAUUUAACUUAUACCAGGAUGAGCAGUUUUGAAUUCAGGGCCUGCCAAUAGAAGAAUUACUGACAGGCCUGGAAAAAAUAUUUUUCUGUGCAGUAGUAGUAGUUUUAAAAAAGGAAAAAGUAUCUGGUAGUCAUCUAAAACGGAUAUAGAAUAUAAGGCAAGGAGAGAGGGAGAGGGAGAGAAGGAAUGCUUAUGGAGAUAUGAUUUUGAAUCAGCUUGUGUAAGUUACUCAAUAAUCAAGUUCAACAUCAAUGCAAGUAAAGAAGGAUAAAAUAGAGUUUUGUUAGAUUCCUAGUCUGCAUUUUAUUACUCCUUUUCUUGAUAUCCUGAUUACUGUUUGCAUGGGGGCAUAUUUAAGAGUGUGCCUCCCCUUCCGCAAAGUCUGAAGUGGCAGAAACUGCUGCUUUAUAGUAAAUGUGGGAAAUGUGGGCGGCUUCUUUAUUCCCCCCCCCCCCCAUUUGGAGAUAAAGGAAUAAAAAAUUUCCCCAUUUGGGGAAAAAGCAAACUAUAGUGUGAAGCAAUUAUGGUUGGUUGGCCACUGCAGAUGACACACAGCUCUGUUUCUACUGUUCAACACUAAGGAAGUUGUUUAUGUUCCGAACUGGUGAUUUGAGGCAGCAAUGCACAAGAUGAGAAUUAAAAAAUUGAUAUUUAAUCCAAACAAGACACAAGUGCUCCUGGUCAGAAGAUAGACCGAUUCUGGAAUAGGGAUUCAGCCUGUUUUGGAUGGGGAAGAAAGCUUUGGCAUUCACCUAUAAAGUCCUAAAUGGUUUAGGUGCAGAUUGACUAAAGGACUGCCUCCUUCCAGACGAGCUUGCCUCUUGCCUAAGAUCUAGUGGGGAGAACCCUCUCUGUAUCCUACUUAUAGAAGAAACAUGGAUGGUAGGCACCCAAGAGAGGGCCUUUGAUGUGGCCACACCUAGAUCUUGAAACACCUUGUCCUUUUAGGUUUGAAUGCCUCCCUCCCUGGACAAUUUCAUCAGUUGUUGAAGACCUUUCCAUUCCAGCAAGCUUUCACUGCAGGAUAAGAGUCUGUGUUGGAUAAGAGACUAUCAGUUAUUUGUCGUGCCUGUUAUAUCUGUAUUUUAUUAAUGUUUUAUUGUGUAUAUAUGUAAGCUGCCUUGAGUGAGGUGUAAGCCUUGGAAAGGCUGGAUAGUCUUAGUAAAUAAAUAAAUAUUCUUAUUUAAAUAAAUACAGUGGUACCUCGGUUUUCGAACAUAAUCUGCUCCAGAAGACCGUUCGACUUCCAAAACAUUCAAAAACUGAAGCAUUUACUUACAGAAAACUCAAUACGGAAGCCACGUGGCAUGUUCGACUUCCAAAAAGUAUUUGAAAACUGAAGCAGUUACUUCCCGGUUUUUGGCAUUCAAAAACCGAAAGGUUCAACUUCCGAGACAUUUGAAAAUCGAGGUACCACUGUAAAUAGUUAUUAGAGUGAAGAGGUUCAUCAUAUUUUUAGAUCAGCGUUGCCAAUCUGGAUAUGUCCUCACUGCCAAAAAAAUCUCCCCCCUCCUAUCCCUGGAGCAGUUUGGCAGUUUAAAGAAGUUUCCUUUUCAGAAAGGAAACUAAUAAGAUGAUGAAUGAAUGCAUCACUGUGUGAAUGAUCAUGAGGCACUUAUAAAAACAAAAUAAAAUGUGGAGAACCAAUCUGAAGCAUGCGGGAGGGGCAAUACCAGGGUUCAUUUUGCUGGUGUGCACAUCAUUUCAGUUGCAAACCUGGGUGGAAUCCAAGCUCACACUACUGCUGGAGAAUCUGCUAUGAGGUCUAGUUCCAUAUAUUAUAUCUGUCCUCAUUGCAAAGUGAUAUUCACUCAACCAUUGCUGAAAAUCAGCAGCUCAGAACCUUAAUCUUGGAAUCCUUAACUGGACCCUUCACUGAGCCAGUAAUGUCAGUCAUUGGGAAGUAAUUAUUUUAACUGAUACCAUCAGGCUUCAGAUGCAGAACUAAUGAGACUUGUUCAUGGCUUUAUAGUCAGCCUGAUUUAAACUGUAACUGGUUUUAAGUUAUGUUUUUAUGACUUCUAUUAGAUUUUAUUGAUUAGUAAUGACUGUAAUAUCACUGUGUUCGUUUUAAUUAUUUUAAGUGUCCACAGCAGUGGGAGCCCUCUAUGGUGAUGGGAACUUAUCAGAUGAAUCAGUGAGUUAAUUAAAUAAAUAGAAAUAACCAACAGACAAGCUCAUCUCUUAACUCUGCGUUCUUCAAGAACAGCCAGAUGAAUUUCCCAUGGGUUAAGGGAGGAUACCGGAGGACCUUAAAUUGCUUGCUAGUACACCUCAUCUUUCCUCCCUCUCGUACCUUGGUCUGCUCCUGUAGCUUCCACCCUUGCAUGACUGUACUCAUAUUAUAGUUGCUGUCUCCUGUGUGUCCUCCACAACUUCCCCCAAUCUUCUUCGUGGGCUUGGGAAGCGAGAAUGGGAGAUAGUUUCAUCAAGUGAGCAGAAAUGCUUGCACUGGAAGAAUAAUCAAAUUAGUAUAGUGCUAAAUUGCACCCAUAGAAUUCUUCCUAGAAAACCUUACAAGUCAAGCUGCACAUUUUCUGGUAGUGCUACAUAACUUCUUUAAUUACCCUUGCUUUAUUUUAUAGUUGUGCUGAAGUCUUGAUAGCACUGUUACCUACUAUGGACCCUUGGAAAUGUUUAGCUUCAUCUUGGUUGUCUGUAUAUUUCUCACACUAUUAUGCAGUUUCUGUAAUUUGUUUAACGCCUUAAUUUUAUGUCUUUGUUUUAGUGGUGUGCCUGCUUGCCUACCAUCUAUUUUUCACGAUGUUUGUGUGGUCUUACUGGAAAACAAUCUUUACAUCACCAAUGAAUCCUUCCAAAGAAGUAAGUUAUGGUGUGGUGUAAGAAAAACGCCUUUGUUAAUUUUGUUUCUGGUGCAUAAUAUCCCCAUUUUUUAAGGUGUAAAUAACACCUUGUAUGAAUUCAUUAUCUCUAGAUUCCAUUCACCUGAAGGCCAACAGUUAGCAAAACAUGGUCAUUAUUGAUAGUUGCAAGCAUUUUACAUCUGGGUGAAUAAAAUCACAGUGUUCUGUCGUGCACUUUGGUUUGUCUGUCUGUUGUUUGAAAUAUUUUUACCCAGCUCUUCAGCAAAAAGAAAAAAGAAAAGAAAAAGGCAGUCCUUGCCUUCAAGCUUACAAUCCAAAAGGCAAGACACAUAAAGAAAAGGACUGCGAAUGAAAGAGGAAAGAAAACCGAAGCACUUGGUCUUAAUUUUUUUCAAGCUUAGCAAUAGGACAUGAUAACUUAAUUAUGUCUCCUAUUGAGACUAUUUGAGGGUUGAAAAGGUUAACUUUUCAAACUGUCUCACCUGGGGUUGAGAGGUGAAUAAUAUGGAGCACUGAGAAAGUUAGGCUGCAGGCUUCCUGUUUCCAGUGCGCCAGGAAUGCAGUCUCUCCCAACACCGAGAGAGAGAGAAAGACUGAGAUAAUCAGAUAAUGAUGAGGGAAUUUCAUUAUCUGCAUUCCUCUUCGGUUGGAAGAGGAACCAGGGUCUCACCCACAGUUUGCCUGGCGGUCUGGCACUCGCUUCCCCAUGGAAUGUGAAGGCAGGCAAAGGAGCUGGGUUUUAUUAAAGUUUUGCAAGUUUUAUUAAAAAUAUCUGCACACUGAGGUUGGAAGAAAUUGGAAUAUAAUAUGGAAUUUAACAAAAUUGGAACUGUGUGAGUGAGAGAAAGAAACUGAGAGGGAAGGGGGGAGAGAAAUGCUAUGCUUUGAAAUUAUAGAGCAAAAUCCUUCCUAACCUCCAGUACCACAAAUGAAUGUGUUCAAGAUAAGGAUAAUUGGCCAUAAAUCAGUGCCAGGGAGGAAAGGAGUCUAUCAGCAGCGGGAAUAAAAGUUUUUGGAUUACUAUCUGCAGUCUGGAUUCAGACCAUUCUUUCGAAGCUGGAAAAAUGGCAAAGACGACUUGUUUACUGGAAUCCGAAUCACGGGACGAAACAAUGCAGUGACCUUUGGAAACUGUGAGAUAACAGCAUGAUGGGAACCAUCAACAGUUGCAGGAAUGAAGGAUACAACACCAUAUAUGGAUGGGGAAACAUCAUGGAAAAAACUGCCAUAUGCAAGAAAGAAUAAGGAUUACAGCUAAAGUUCCUCUCUUGAAACUUUAUAAAUUAUCUAUUUUAUCAACACAAAUAGAAAUCGCAAGAUUGUAGCUGUUAUAUAAGGGAUUAUUAUAUUUGAAUGUAAAGUAAUGGAAACUAUUAAAAUUUUGCAAUGCAGAAAAAAUGUAGAAGAAUGAACUCAUCAACUGUAGCUUGCAAGGGGCAGAGUUUAAAUUGUAAAAUUCGACAUUUGAAGAAUUGGCAUUAAUAAUUGUAUUAAUUGGAUAAAAUUGGUAUUGUUAAAAUGAGGCUGCUAUUGGAACGAUACUGGAAAAUCAAUAAAAAUAUUUUUUUUAAGAAAAAGAGAGUUAGGCUGCAAUCCUAACCCCAUUUACCUUAGAACAGUCUUUUCACUCAUCCUUUUCCCACAAAUAAAUUAACAAAAUGAAUAGCAUGAAGUAAUUUAUGAUAGUUUCCAGAUUACACCUGGUUUUUGGGAGGCGCACACAUAUAGCAUAGAAUUGUAGAGUUAGUAGGGACCCUGAGGAUCAUCUAGUCCAACCCCCUGCAAUGCAGGAAAAUGCAGCUGUCCUGUACGGGGAUUGAACCUGCAACCUUGGCUUUAUCAGCACCAUGGUGUAACCAACUAAGCCAUCAUGCAAAUCACCUGGCACAUCAUAACCAUGUAUUCAAGAUGUGUAAGAGCAUUUACCUAUUAUUGUGCUACUAAUUCAGUUUCCUUUUUUUCUAGUACCACCUGACCUAUGCAGAUAAGGAACUGUUAGACAGAGAAACUAGAAGUGAAAUCCAUCAGGAAGUGCUGAGGAGAGCAGCCAAGGACCUCCCCGUCUACACAAGAACAAUGUCUGGAGGUAAACAGUUGUAAAGAUUGAAGCGUUUCCACUCCUAAACUCUCUGGAAAAUUAUUGUUCUUCCUGAGGGAAUUCUCUUAGAAGAGAUGCCUGUAAAACUCCCUUUCUCUUGUGCUUUGUAUGAUCAACUUAAAACAGAUUGGGAGUGCCUGCAAAGCCCCUUUCAACCAUGUCCCGCCUUUACCUGGGGGCAGAUGGGAGUGGCUUGCCCAAAACAUGCUCACAGGCCAAAUGGUGGAGGCCUGAAAGGCUGGAUUUGGCCCACAGGCCAGAGGCUCCCCAUUCCUGGGCCUAGAUACAUUUGAACACCAUCUGGGUAAAUCAUGAUAACCUCAAUCCAGUUAGGGGCUUUACAAGCACAGAAGCUGUCUUUGUAUGCAUGCCCCUAGCUAGUUGGAGAAUUGUAUGUGUCACUCAUCAGCCUGAUGUAGCAACUAGCCUGAGAAUUGGUGGUAACACUGACCAGCCCAUGGCAGGCUUCCUCAGUCUCAGCCCUCCAGAUGUUUUUGGCCUACAACUCCCAUGAUCCCUAGCUAGCAGGACCAGUGGUCAGGGAUGAUGGGAAUUGUAGUCUCAAAACAUCUGGAGGGCCGAGUUUGAGGAAGCCUGAGCCAUGGAGAGUGUGUGUGGAUUUAGUCCUGUUCCCCUUCAAGCAGCCAGUUGAUAUGAUUGCCAGUAAUCUUUCAAGCUACAUGAGUGCAAAGUUAGUUUUGGGACAGUGACUAGCAGUGCAAUCCUAACCAUGUUUACUUAGAAGUAAGUCCUAUUUAAUUCAGUGGAACUUUUUAAGGGUGGUUAGGACUGCAGGCUUAAAUCAGCUCAUAUUUUUCACCUGUUAUGGUUAGAAAUAUGACAUUGUUAGCAAGUUAAGACAUGAAAAAGAAACAUAAACCCUCCCCCCCUUACUGCAUCAGUUUCUGGGACCAGCAGAACAGUAACGUUUAUGUUAAACAGAAGUCUUUUUCUGUCUUUGCAGCAAUCAGAUACUGUGACAGAUGCCAACUUGUAAAACCAGACCGUUGUCAUCACUGCUCUGUUUGUGAUAAGUAAGAACAAAUACUGCAAGGCUAUGUAGCAUUUCUGUUAUUGCUGAAGGAGUUGAGAAAUGAAAAUUACCUGCAUGGAUUACUGAAGAAAUUAUAUAUACUUAAAUACAGGUUUUUUCUUUUAUUAAUGGUUAUUAUUUCUUUAUAAAGCAGUACUUGAUUAUUUAUUCUCUCAGUGUGGAAUUCUGCUAUUAUUUACAUGUGUGGAUAGCCCGGUGAUCUCACUGGGACAUAACACCUGAGUAACUCAUUGAAAAAAUUGUAUGCUUAAUAUUUGAGGCAUUUCGUUUGGCAUAGACUAUUAGCUAUCACUGCAAGCUUGAUACUGCCGAUUAUAUUCUAUUAUUGUUGUUUGUCUUUUUAAAGAUGUAUUUUGAAAAUGGAUCAUCAUUGCCCUUGGUAAGUAACCAUGUUACUUCAUCACUUUGGAUAGAUAAUAUGGGAAACAAACGCUGUUUCCUGAUGAUGAGGGGUGAAAAGUUUCACUCAUAAGAUCUGAGGAAAUGGCAUGACAAGAUCUUGUGGCAAUAGCACAGCAUUUUUGGGGUAGUAGCCUUGCAGCAACGGUGAUAACUAUUGGAAUGGAAUCACCUGUUUUUUGCUUUUGCUUUUAUUUUUGUUAAACAAGGUAUUUGUGUGUGCUAUCUUGGAGAGGAGUACCACAUAGUCUACAGCUAAGGAAAAUAGAAACAUUUCAUAAAAUGGCAGGGAAUUGUUAUGAAGGAGAAAAGUGACACCUGUGGUUUACAUGGUUAGUUUUUCAAGUAUUAAAAGGUUAUGUGAGAACUCCUGCUAGAUUGGGACCACAUUCUUCAAAAGAAAUCUAGAUAUAGAUUUUUAAUCGUCAUUUUAAUUUUAAUUUUUAAAAAACAGGAAUAAAAAAAAGAAAUUGUCAAAAUAGCAAUUUAUGCCAGGGAAAAGGAGUGUCAUUAAUCUCCAAUAAAAUAGCAGCAUACAGUAAUCCAGAACUGGUCAGGGUGGUCUCCUGAUGGUGUUGCAUUUUAAUUGCCAUCAACCUAGCCAGCAAAACUCAGAAUAUGUAGUCCAACAGAUUCUAGAAGACACCACAACGGCUAUUGUGCACAGAUAUUUUUGGCAUUGGAAUUCCAUCUAGAACAACCAUGGAAGCCGAGAGAAAAGUAAAUCUUUUCAACAAUAAUUUUUUGAAGUUCAUGCAUGGGAAAUAUGGAUGUAUUUUAGUGCCUGAGUCUACUGAAGCUAUGAUGUGCUCCUUGUGCAAAGCCCAGGGAGAACAUCUGAAAAAGCCCAGAUGCCAUUGGUAUGCAAGUGGUUCCCUUUGAGGACAGGCAUUUUUAUGUUUGCAAUAUUCCUCAGCACCCAGUCAUUACUGCUUUAGAUAGAGGAAUUUCAUUGAUUAUAAUGGAUUAGAAAGGUGGGAGGUAAAUACAUAGUUUGAGGCCUAUGAAGAAAUAUAAAUGAAAAUUAAUUAUAUGUGUGUAUUUUCAGUGAUGCAAGCUUCUUUUUCCCUAGGGUGAACAACUGUGUUGGAUUUUCCAAUUACAAAUUUUUCCUUCUUUUCUUGGCAUAUUCUCUGUUAUACUGCCUUUUCAUUGUUGCAACCGAUUUACAGUAUUUUAUUAAAUUCUGGACAGUAAGUUUUAAAAGUAUUUCAUGUUUCAAAUAUUUAGCUCUGUAAACAUAAACAUGUUGACUGCUUAUAUAUAGGGUACAAUCCUAAACACAAUUACUAGGCAGUAAGGAAAGUAAACCCUGUUGGAUACAGUGGGAAUUAUUUUCAAGUGAAAACGCAUAGGAUUGUUCUGCUAACUAAUGUUCAUAUAUUAUCUAUUUUUAGACUGUAGUGAACCACCCUGAGAUCUACGGGUAUAGGGCAGUAUACAAGUUUAAUAAAUAAUCAUAAAAAAAUAAUAAUAAUUUAGCAGAGUUCUACCUCAGUUUUUGUAGUCACGGUUAGUGGUUAUGAUUUGGUAAGGGAGAAGAAGAGUAAUAAGCUUAGUUACAGGUAGGUAGCCAUGUAAGAGUAAUAAGCUUGUUAAUGCUUUGGGGAGGAAAAACCUGUCGUUUUUAUGCUAGCUGACAAAGAUCAAAAGCAUUUUUAAAAAUGGCAUAUGGCCUACAUUCACUGUUAAAAGCCACUCAGGGUUGAUGCUAGGUUUGAUAGGGCCUUUGGUGGCAGUGACUCUCUGUCCGCCCCUUUCCUUUAUCUUACCUGACAGGCAGGCUCAGCAGCAAAAAGAAAAAAGCCUAUCUAGUAGCAAGUGUAACUUCGGACACCUGCCUUUUUAAUUCAUUGAUAAUGCCUCUGUUGCCCCAAUGGAGCAUCACUCUGGAUCAAUGCUAUGUUGGGGCCUCAGUGGCAUUGUACGGGAGUUAAAAUGGUGGGCCACAGCCAGGUUCAGUGCUGAGAGAAGCAAGCAUUGUAAACUUUGUUUAGUUGCGCUUGGGUUGUACUGAAAUCUAUGUUAACUGUUAUUUUAGUCCAAAUUAAUUUAGCAAAGGAAUUUAACUAAAACUGAUUUACUCUGGAUUCAUAUUCAGGCCACUGCUGAACUACCAUUUAAGGUGGUUGUCGCAUAUCAGGAAUCCUGUCUGAAAACGAGAAGUUACACAGGGAAAGAAUGCAUAAUUACUGAGGCAUAGUAAUUAUGAGUACUGUGAUACAGUACGAAAACGAAACAGUGCUUAUUAACAAAAUUAGCCUUACUUCCUGAGGCUGUGAUCCAUUAGUACCCAUAGAAUAUUUACCAUAUACAGUCAUACCUUGGUUUUCGAACAGCCUAGUUAUCGAACGUUUUGGCUCCCGAACAUUGCAAACGCGGAAGUGACUGUUCCGGUUUUUGAAUGUUCUUUUGGAAGCCAAAUGCCUGACAGGGCUUCCAUGGCUUUCAAUUGGCUGCGGGAGAUUCUCUCCCGCAGCCAAUCAGAAACCACGCUUUGGAAGUUGAAUGCUUUAGAAGUCGAAUGGAGCUUCCUGCAGCCAAUCAGAAGCCACGUUUUGGAAGUCGAAUGGACUUCCGGAACGGGUUCCGUUCAAAUUCCGAGGUACGCAACUGUAUCUUCCACCAUUCUCUCAAAGUAUUACGGGUGGUGUAUUUGGGUAUGUCCCAGUAAUUCUUGAAUAAAAUUUCCUUAGCAAUUAGAGAAGUUCAACAUAGGUGAUAAAAGAUCCUUUCUUUUAUUUCCCUUAUAAAGCAUUGACAUUUCCCCCCCCCCUUCCUCUCUUUAUAGAAUGGUCUUCCUGAUACUCAAGCCAAGUUCCAUAUUAUGUUUUUAUUCUUUGCCGCAGCCAUGUUUUCUGUCAGCUUAUCAUCUCUCUUUGGAUAUCACUGUUGGUUAGUGACCAAAAAUAAAUCAACAUUAGGUGAGGAUUCAUAAUUUGAUUCAGUCCAUAUUCUGUGAACGGUGUGCACUGCUUUGAAUGGGCUGAGGAAUGUAAACAUAUCUCUUCCCUUUCCAGAGGCAUUCAGAGCACCUGUUUUUCGACAUGGAACGGAUAAGAAUGGAUUUAGCUUGGGAUUUGACAAAAACCUAAGACAAGUCUUUGGGGAUGAGAAAAAAUAUUGGUUGUUGCCAGUGUUUUCCAGGUAGGUGUUGUAUUGAGAGAAAACCAGUUAUGUUUUGAAACCAACAAUGAAAUUUGAAAGAGUUUUUAAUGCUGUUCGCCUACUUACAAUGUUGUUUCAUUUUACUUUUCAGCCUAGGUGAUGGAUGCUCCUUUCCUACCUGCCUUGUUAACCAAGAUCCUGAGCAGGCUUCUACUCCUUCUGGACAUAGUUCUUCAAACAAAAAGUAAGCCUAUAUUUAUUCCUUGUCAAGUUUCCACUUACCUUGUUGUUUUUUGUUUCUUGCCUGCUGCUUAGAUAGUAGUCAUAUUAACAUUUAAGUGUACAUUGGCAUAGAAGCACUCUCACAAGUAGCAUUUGAGACACAUAACUAAUGACCUUGUACAAUCCAUAAUUCUUGAUUGUAGAUGCAGAAAUGACUGUACAUUCUUCUAUGUGAUCGUUUUAUACACAUACAUGCUCCAUAUUUUUACAGAGAGGAGAAUGUUACUCUCUCCAGUUCCUGAGGGCAGGGACCAUCUUCGUGCUGGUUUUUGUAAGCCACUCUUGAGAACAUUUUCAGCAAAAGGGCAGGGUAUAAAAUAAAUAAGUACUGCAUUUAAACAAACAUGGUACCCAUCAUGCAGCACAUGAAUGCUGCAUUGUGACAAAGCAUGGCAACCAUACCAUAUGAACACUUUAAUACCUUGGCUAUUAUCCUAUCUCUAUGAGGAGUUGCAAACCUCUAGCUUGCAUCUCCUGCUGCUCCCUCUAGCACACAUGCAUCAACAAUUCAGACUAACCUGUUUAGGCACUGGAAUUCAUCAAAUGCACCAGGAAACACAGAGCACCCAAGUUGAAAUAUUUAUAGGAAAAAUAAAAACAUUGGUAAUGAGAUUCCUCACCCUAACCUGGCGGUCUUCUAACAAUAUUUUUGCUCCUCCUUCAACAUUUUUGUCAUUGAAUAGUGAGAAUAGUCAUCAUUUUCCUGCUAAACCAUUACGAGACUCCCAAAGUCAUCUCCUUACUGACUCUCAGUCUUGGACAGAAACCAGCGCAAGUAUUGAAAAUAACAAAUCGGGUAAGAGAUUAUUGUGGGUUUUUUAAUACUGUGAUGUUUUCAGGGUGACUUGCUUGCAGGCCUAGCUUUCAGUCCGGUUUGAAAACAAAAUAAAAUUUACGUACAUAUCAAAGCAGAUACUAUCCAAGCAGUUCCUUUAUACCUAAGCUCUAAUUUGAAACCUGCAACUUUCUGGGCAGUGAGUGAAUUAAAAGUAGGGGAUGUCUGGCAACAAAAAGGGGAAUAUAUUCUGUUGAAAUAAACAUGCAUGAGAAUGCAGCACAGCUUGUCCUUUUAAAAAAAGUUCCCUGAAUCAGUUGGGCAUUGGUAUCUUUAUUACACAUACCUGCUCUAUGGACCACAGGAGUCUUUGGAUUUCUGAUUUUGAGACCUGUUCAUUAAGUAUAGAGACCUCAUACAGAUGACCAAACUCCACAAGAGGCAUUUAUAAUAUUUUUGACUUCUGAUAUGCAUGCAACUGUUUUAUGUAGGCUAUCUGAAGGACAAUAUUCUCAUAUUUGUCAUAUUUGUCAAAGCCUUGCCAAGAUCUGUUCCACUGCAGACAAUAUCCAUUGCCCAUAGUAUCAUAUAUUUUAGAGAAAUUAAGGGUAGCAGCAACAGAUGUAUGUUGAAGGGAUGUAGAAUUCUGCUGCUGAGGCUCUCUGGUAAAAAAAAUAGGAACCACUGCUUCAAAACAUCAUUUUAUUUUUCAAAGGUAUGACCAAUCCUGCACUAACGAUGGAAAAUGAAACCUAG